GAAGGAGAUGCGCCGUUUUCUGGGUCAUACACCGCGCUGCCUGGGAUGUUGGAUGAUGAGCUCCUGUUGCUGCAGCUCUCCGGGCCACGCUACUGCGACGUCUGGCGCGGGAAGCUAUCAUCCAGUGGGGUGGCUUGGCAGCAGCAGGUUUGUUCCAAAGUCAGCGGCGAGACUGUGCCAACACCGCGAGCUUGUCACUCUGCAGCUCGAUGGGGGCACAUUCUCUUUGUGUUUGGCGGCCAGUGCGCGAGAAGCGGGCAGGUCCUUGGGCAGUUGGAGCUCUUGCAUCUGGAGACCUUUUGCUGGACCCACGGGAGCACUACAGGGCCAGAGCCAAAAGCCCGCAAAGACGCCAGUUUGGUCAUUGAUGAGAGAGGGUCCCGCGCUGUGAUUUUUGGAGGCUCAGACGGCGAAGCAUACCUAGCAGAUGUUCACGUUCUCGAUCUUGUCACUUGGUGUUGGGAGAAAGUACAGUGCGAUCCUGGUCCCUGCCCACGAGCACGUCACGUGGCUUGUGCAUGGGGCUCAGAGGGGAUGCUUGUGCAUGGGGGCCGCGGAGAGUGCGGUGAGCUGGGAGAUUUGUGGCUUCUGUCCUGGCGCAAGCCAGUUCAGCGUUGGGUGUGGGAGAAGCUCUCCGAUGACAGCACUGUCGUGAGACCUCGUCUGAGUCAUGCGGCUGCUGUUCUUGGAGAUGCGCUGCUAAUCACCGGCGGUCAGGCAAAAGACCGCUCACUGGCAGAGGCGGGCAUGUUCCUUCUUCGUACGCGCGAGUGGCUGUCUUUGCCAAAGCUUGGCGAGCCAGUGUGUGGGAAUGGCUUAGUGGUGCUAGACAGUGGGGUGCUCGCCUGGACGAACUCAGAGAGCACGGAUGACAUAGAAACAAGAGCCUACGCCUGGAUGCUACCUCACAGGGAGCUGUGGGCAUCAGCCAUGGGCAAAAUCAAAAACUCGACCACAGCCUCUCCCGUCCCCGUAUGUCUUGCUGAUGCCGGCGUACCCGCUUGGGACGACAUGGAGCCCUUGUCUCUAGAGGAAGUGAGACGUAGCGCAGAUGCCGGCGACCCACGAGCUACUCAGGCGCUCGCGGCACUGCAGCACCUUGCGCCAGAGAAGCGUUCGCAAGCUACGUGGUCCAUGCUGCAUCGAAUGGCCACCAUGAGAGGAAGAUACCAAUAUCAGGAUCCUGCCAGUGGCUAUGCUGUGUUCACCUCCACCUACCUCAAGAAGAGGCCCUGUUGCGGCUUCGGUUGCAGGCAUUGCCCGUACGGACAUGCAAAUGUACCCAAAGUCGAGCGGGUGAAGGUUGCCACGGAUUGGUGA